AUGUCUGUAGAAACUGAUAUGGUAAUCACAAGGAAAGUUCCAACGAGGCGAAAGGCCCGUGUUAACAAAAAUGAUAAAGGGAAAAGGGGAGGGGGGAAAGUGUUUCGGGGUAGUGCUGAUAAGAAAGUUAGGGUAGACAAGCAAAUGCAAAAACUAUUUCGUAAAAGGGCGAGACAGUACAACUCAGAUGAUGACGAGGAGGAAGAGGAAGAGCACGAGGAGCCUGCGCAUAAGCGAAAAGCUUCACAUGUAGAUCGAAGACCUGUUAAUAAUGAAGUGGAAGCUUCAGAUGGGGAGUCUAGUGGAGAGGAAUGAAAUGGUUCAGAUGCUGAUGAUGAGGUGAAAGGGGAUUCUGAUGACGAAGGCAAAAAUAUAGAUCCAGGAAUUACAAUGUUCACUUAUGGUUGUAAAGUGUUUAAGAUGGCUUUCAGCACAAUCAUUGGGAAGAAAGUUGCAGACCCUGAAUUGGGCCCUGUUUUGUCAGGGCACAGGGAGCUAGUUGCUAUGAAACUUGCUGAAGAGCUAAGCGAAAGAAAGGCCAAAGGGGAGGCCAAGAAGGACAAACAUAUGCGGGAGAAGGGCCAUGCAAAGCUACCUGCAUAUUUAGACUCACACGACAAGUUUCUUAUGAGUGUUGCUACUAAAGGAGUGAUCAAGUUAUUUACUGCGGUCAGCAAAGCGCAAAAUGCUCAGAAAGGACUAAAUCCAUCAAGGGAUAAAGAUGCCAAAGCAAUUGCUAAGCGUAGGAGACCGACAUUCUUAUUAGAAAUACGCAAGAGAAGUUCACAACCAGCUGAAACUUCCUCCAAGGCUCCAUUACGUGAUAGUUAUAUGUUGUCAAACUCAAAGCUGAAGAACUGGGAUAAAAUGGAGGAUUUGAGUAUGGCACAUGAUACCGGUGGGAUGGCGCAAGAGAGUUCUGAUGAUGAAGAUUGA